CUUCUCGUGUUUCUCGGAGCUGAAACUUUUUGCUGCUUUUGUUCCGAAGUUUCUGUGUGCAGCGUUUAACUGGGAAUACCGGGAAUACCGGGAAUACCGAGGAUACUGGGACCCAGCGGGACGACACAGAGCCCUUAUCCUCGAGAGGAGCCCGGUCUGAGGGGUUUAUUCCUUUGUUUUUCAUCCGGAGCUCCAGCGUCUCCUCUCCGUUCUCCAAUCCGCCUCUCGGAGCCUGUUUCUCGGCCUCGGAGGCCGCCGCGCGCCGCUCCUCUGCUCCGGAGCAGAAACUAAUCAUCUAAGAAGAACCAGAUGUGAGAGGAUUACCGGGACUAUACCCCCUCUGUGUCCGCUUUAACCCUCCACUCUGUGGGCCUGUGUUCUGGAAGAGUUCCUCCAUGAGGCUCCUCUGAGCACCGCCUCUCUGCCCGGAGAGGAGCCGCUGUUCCCGGGGAGAGGAGCCGGAGAGGAGCCGCAGCUCCCGGGGAGAUGGAGGCUGAGAGCCGGGGCUCAGGGCUGGUGGUUCUGUUGCCGCUGCUGGUGCUCUGCUGCUGGGCAGAGGAAGAGGUGUUGAUGAACACUAAGUUGGAGACGUCUGAUCUCCGAUGGACCACUCACCCGGCAGAAGACCCUCAGUGGGACGAGGUGAGCGGAUUGGACGACGAGCAGAACAGUGUCCGGAUCCACGAGAUCUGCACCCCCGACAGCGCGGACUCCUAUUGGCUGAGGACGCGCUGGAUCCCCCGGGGGGCGGCGACCACUCUCUACGUGGAGAUCCGCUUCACGAUGAUGGAGUGCUCGUCUCUGAACCGUCGUCACUGUAAGGAAACGUUCAACGUGUUUUUCUACGAGUCGCCCUCUGACUCGGCCUCUAAGUCCCGCCCCCCCUGGAUGGAGAACCCGUACAGGAAGCUGUCCACGGUGGCGGCGGAUCACCUGCGGCGGCGCGGGGGGGGCGAGAGGCGGAGCAACGUGAAGACGCUGAGGCUGGGGGCGGGGCCUGUGGAUGGGGCGGGGCCUCUGGAGGAGGCGGGGCUCUACCUGGCCUUCCAGUCUCAGGGCGCCUGCAUGGCCCUCCUGUCCGUCAGGGUGUUCUACAGGAAGUGCCCCCCCCUCCGGAGGGCCUUCGCCUCCUUCCCCGAAACCAUCCCCCACUCACUGGUGGAGCAGGCUCAGGGUGUGUGUGUGGAGAACGCAGUGACGCCGCCCGGCGAGCAGGCGCGGCCUGCCAGCAUGCUUUGCGGCGAGGACGGUCAGUGGGUGGGCCAACCGGUGUCCAGCUGCUCCUGUCGCCCCGGGUACGAGACGGGGGGCAGCGACGUGCACUGCAGGGCGUGCCCCUCGGUGCAGUUUAAGGCGGGCUCGGGGCCAGGGGGGUGCAGCCCGUGUCCGGCCAAUAGCAACACUCUGAUCCCAGGCUCCGCCUACUGCCUCUGUCACCAUGGUUACCACCGGGCAGACUCUGACCCCCCCGACGCAGCCUGCACACGCCCCCCCUCGGCCCCCCGCCUCCUCAUCAGUCAGACCAACGAGUCGUCUCUGAGUCUGGAGUGGAGCGAGCCAUUGGAACGGGGGGGGAGGUCCGACCUCACCUACAGGGUGCUCUGCUCCCUCUGCAGCAGCCAGGGAUUGGCCGCUUCCUGCCCCCCCUGUGAUGACAGUGUGUUGUACCGCCCUGCUCAGAGCGGCCUGACUCAGAGACGUGUCAUCGUUUGGGGGCUCCGCCCACAUUCCAGUUACGUCUUCACCGUCCAAUCAUUGAACGGCGUCUCUGCUCUCAGCCAAUCAGAGCCGGCCUCAGGAUCAGUGAACGUCAGCACCAGUAGAGACGUCCCCCCCCCCUGUGUCAGGUCUCAGGAGAGCAGCAGCCUCAGAGUCCAGUCUGACUGUGGAGUGGAACCAGAACCAGAGCCCUGUGCUGGACUACCAGCUGCGCUACAGCCUGCAG